GCAACCCAUUAGCUCUUCUCUCUGACAAAAUUAUGGAGUGGAAAUAUGAAGACCCCGAGCUUAACAACCUCAAAAACUCAUGCUCAAACAUAAAAUCACUACUUCAAACAUCAGUCAAUAUGCAAAUAAGUUUAGCGAAAAUGGAUAGAAGUUUCGAUUUAUUGCAAGAAACUCUAUCUGCAACAUCAAAAUCAUUAGCUCCCUUGCAAACCCAUGCCAUGACAGCAAAAGCCUUAGAAACUAGAAUCAAUAGAGCCAUGACACCUGCUUUAACACUUCUAAAGAGCUUCAAAUUAGCUGAAUCGCUUCAGCACAAACUUCUAUCCAUUGGUUCAAAAUUGUCUAUGAAACAUAUAGACCCUGAGAAGAGAUUGCAUAAGUUAAUCAAAUAUGUUGAUUGUGUUGAUCAGCUUAAUUCAGCUAUUGAUUCUGUAUGUCAAGAGUGUGAGCCUACUCUUCAGAAGCUUCAAGAAACAGUUGAGUUCUUGAGUAGAACAAAAGCUACUGAUCAGUUUAGAAUACAGAGAUUGAGGGAAACACUUGUUACUCUUAAAGCACUUUAUGAAACUGAGAUUGGAGCUAUGAGAUAUGAAGGGUUGCUUGAUGAAGCUUUAUUAACUUUGCAAGAUGAAUAUGAGAACAUUUUGUUGCAAUUGAAUCAUGCAUUAUUUUUGGGUCAUGAAGUGGUAAAUGAGGACAUCGAAGGUAGUGAUCAAGCGAUAACUGGUAGAGAUGAUGCAAUUCAUUAUCUGGGUUCUGAGUUGGAGGUUCAGGUGCUUAGAAGAAUUUCAGAAACCUUAACUAGAAAUGAUUGUUUGGAUAUUUGUAUCGACAUCUUCGUCAAGGCAAGGUAUAGAAGAGCUGCAAAAGCAUUAAUGAGAUUGAAUCCAGAUUAUCUCAGGAGAUACACACCUGAAGAGAUCAAUGAAAUGGAAUGGGUAGCUCUAGAAACAUCAAUUACCUUGUGGAUUCAACACUUUCAGUUAGCAGUGAAAACUGUUUUUGUGUCAGAAAAGAAGCUGUGCAACCAAGUUUUUCUUGAAAUCAUGGAUGGACUAAUAUGGGCUGAAUGUUUCGUCAAAAUCACUGAUAAAUUCAUGGCUGUCUUCUUUAGAUUUGGUGAAGGAGUAGCUAGGAGUAGUAAAGAACCACAGAAACUGUUCAAAUUGUUGGACAUGUUUGAAUCUUUAGAGAAACUUGAAGUUGAAUUCUCGGAAAUUUUUGAUGGAGAUGCAGGGAAUGAUAUUUGUUCCAGGUUUAGAGAACUGCAGAAACUUCUUGUCCAUGCUUCUACUAAGGUAUUUUGGGAAUUUGGAUUGCAAAUUGAAGGAAAUCAUGAUGGAUUUCCUCCUCCUCAGGACGGAUCUGUUCCUAAGCUUGUCAGGUAUGCAGUAAAUUAUCUGAAAUACCUUUCAUCUGAUCAAUAUCAAACAUCCAUGGCAAAAGUCAUACGAAUUGAACAAAUGUGGAAAGCAGGUUUCUUAUCAAAACCAGAUUCUGAUGAAAAUUUACUACAAGAUGCAAUUUCUAAUGUCAUGGAAGCUCUAGAGAGGAAUAUAGAAUUUAAGAAAUCUCGUUACAAAGACAGAGUGUUGCCUCACGUAUUCUCGAUGAACACUUACUGGUAUAUUUACAUGAGAAGUAGAAAUUCAGAACUAGGAAACAUAUUAGGAGAACAAUUAUUGAAGAAGAAAUACAAAACUGUAGCCGAAGAAUCAGCAUAUAUGUAUCAGAGACAGGCUUGGGGACCUAUCGUGAAGUUAUUAGAAAAUGGAGCAAAACCGAAGAAAGAGUAUGACACUAAGAAAGAAGUUGUAAGUGCUCUUGCAAGAGGCAAAAUGGAAGCUUUUAAGAACGCUUUUGAAGAUAAUUUGCAGAAACAUAGAGGUGGUUAUUAUAAUAUUCUUGACGAAGAUUUGAAAGAACAACUAAGAGAAGCUACGGUGAAUUUGGUUGUACCUGUUUAUGUUGAAUAUUUGGAGACUUAUUCAUUGGUUCUUAAAGCGAGGUCAUUUCCUUCACCGGAUUCGGUUCAAGCUAUGUUAGUGCAAGUGUUUAGUGCGAGAGGGAAUCCGAACAUUACUCAACGACGACACUUGAUCGAUCAAUUAGGUGGAAGAAACCCGGGUUCUGCUGAUGGGUCUAGUGAGAUUAAGGAAUUUAAAAGGUAAAAUUUAUUCGUGUAUUGUAUAAUAAGGUUUAACUUGAAAAUUACAAUGCAAGUUUUUGGUUUUCUAUUCAUGUAGCUGUGAUGUGUAAGUUUGUGGUGAUAAUAUUGUAAAAUGGGAUCAAGUCUGUCAUUAUGGUA